CAGCAGAUCGUCGUCGUUCGAUCGAAAGUAAAUUGCCCACCUACUCUUUUCCAGCUUCAACGGUCUCGCGAAAAGGCAAGCUUACAAAAGAACGACAGUUUAUGUUGCGACGCCGACAAGUUGUGUUACAAUUUCUCCGGAUUUGCAUGCUCCUACUUUUGUCCAGUAUUCGUGCUUUCGUUCGUCCUUUGUAUCACCAAAAACCGUAUACUAGUCCCACCAGAGCGUGCAGCAGUAGGAUAGCAGCAGCAGCAGUAGCAGCAAAAACAGCGCUAUGACAAAUCUAGACGAGAUCCUAGGCACACGCUUGCAAAUUCCGGUCGCGGACGCCAUUGCGGUACACGGUGACGAGAACGUCAAGUUUGUUGACGGCUCGUGGUGGCUACCGAACCAAAACCGCAACGCUCGCCAAGAAUUUGAAAUUGGUCCUCGCAUUCGCGGCGCAAUUUUUCUCGACAUCGACGACGUUGCCAACAAGGGCGCUUCCAGCAAUCCGAAAAAUCUGCCGCACAUGAUGCCAUCAGCGAAGCUGUUCAGUGCCGCUAUGGAUGCUAUGUCGAUCGUCAACAAAGAUCAUUUGAUUGUGUACGGCCAAGAGGGAUGUCCCUACCUGCACCGUGCCUGGUAUCAGUUCAUCUGUAUGGGGCAUGAUAACUCAAAAGUUCACUUAUUGGAAGGUUCCUUUCAAGAUUGGGAAGAAGCCGACGGACCCGUCGACAUCUCCGCAAAGAACGCACGAAAUAUCAUGGAUAUGGAUCGCGUUCGUCAGAUUUGUGAUAAUACCAGUGAAGAGGAUACUAACAAUGUAACCAUUGUCGAUGCACGCUCCCCGGAUCGCUUUUACGGCCGUGUCGACGAGCCUCGUCCCGGUCUCAGACUUGGUCACAUGCCGGGUGCGAAAAACGUGUUUUUCAUGGAUCUCUUGAAUGCCAACCAUCCGUCGCAGCUCAAAGCCAUAGCAGAUUUAGAAAAGGUAUUCUCAAAAGCUGGGGUAAAUGUUUACGGCUCGAACCGUAUCGUGGCGUCGUGUGGAAGUGGAGCAACGGCGUGCACCAUAGUGGCGGCUCUGACAGCUUGCGGUCGCGACCCGUCAACUCUUUACGUGUAUGAUGGAUCGUGGACAGAAUGGGGCGCCGAUCCAGGCGUGCCCAUCACAAAAGAAGACUGA